UCUAAAGGAAAGACAACAGUUUCCUGUAUUUAAACAUCGGGAUUCAAGUGUUGAAACUCUUAAAGGCACUGCUGAGUGGUUGUGGCAGGUAAAACAAGGAGUGAUAAAAGUACUCAGGUACUAUAUUUUCCGUUGGAAGUUUUGCUUCUAAAUGAGUAGGGAGCAAGUAAACGUAACAUUGCCUGUACCCAACCUCAAAGGAUCUCAGCAGUGAGUUUAGCCACCAGACUGUGUGAUGAAUUGGGUUGUGAAAAUGGACCUGGAGGAAGGAAUUCUUUGUGUGGAUAUCAGAUCCGGAUGUUAUCUCAAGCUUGUGAAUCUACCAGUUUACUCUAUUGUACAACAGGGGUUUUGCCAAGGAAACUUCAAGAAGAUGGUCUUUUUGCUAAUGUGUCUCAUGUUAUUGUAGAUGAGGUUCAUAAAAGAAGUGCCCAGACAGACUUCCUACUGACUAUCUUAAAGGAAGUUUUACAAAAACAGUCUGAUCUCUACUCGAUUCUAAUGAGUGUCACUGUGGGCAGUGAACAAUUUUCCACAUAUUUCACACACUGCCCCACUCUCAGAAUUUCAGGAAGAAGUUAUCUUGCUGAGACCUUUCAUCAUGAAUAUAUAAUAGAAGAAACAGACUUUGUGCUGUGAUAAGACUCAGGAUAUUGUCAGAAAUUUCUGGAGUAGGAAGGAGAAAUAAUCAUUAAUGUUGCAAGCAAAGCAGGGGGAAUAAAAAAUUAAGAAUAUAUUUCAGUUCAGACUAGAGCAAAUGUUGAUUUAAAUCUAUUUUACCAAAAGUACAGCAACUUCACUCAGCAUGCUAUUCUCUAUACAUGAAUCCUCAUAAAAUCAACCUGGAUUUCAUUUUGGAACGUCUUGCAUAUUUAGAUAAAAGUCCCCAGUUUGGAAAUAUUGAAGGAUCAUUAUUAGUCUUUUUACCAGGCCUGGCUCAUGUUCAGCAGCUGUAUGAUCUCUAUCAAAUGAUAGAAGGUUGUAUUCUGAACGAUAUAAAUUGAUAGCUCUGCAUUCUAUUCUUUCAACCCAAGAUCAAGCUGCAGCACUUACACUUCCUCCUGCAGGAGUUAGAAAGAUUGUUUUAGCAACAAAUUUUGCACAGAUGGGUAGCACUCUUCCAGAUACUGAGUUUGUAAUUGACACUGGAAAACAGAAGAAAAUAAGCGCCAUGAAAGCAGAUAGAUGAGUUAUUUGGUUGAGACAUUUGUCAGUAAAGCCAGUGCUUUGCAGUGCCAGGGGAGAGCUGGGCGGGUCAGAGAUGGCUUCUGAUUCUGGGGGUACACAAGAGAAAAAUUUGAAGGCGUUGUGGAUUAUUCUGUUCCUGAAAUCUUACAUGUACCUUUAGAGAAAUUAUGCCUUCAUACUAUGAAGUGUAAUCAUGAUUCUCCUGAAGAUUUCCCUUUCAAAGCCUUAGAUUCGCCUCAGUUCCCAGUGAUCAGUCAUUCAAUGAAUUUCCUCCAAAAACCUGGAGCUUGUAAGCUAAAUGAGACUCAGCUGACUCCGUUGGGCCAACACCUUGCAACUUUACCUGUGUAUGUCAAGAUUGGCAAGAUGUUUAUUUUUUGUACAGUAUUUGGCUACCUUGACCCAGUGGCAAAACUAGCUGCAGUUAUAACAGAGAAGUCUCCUUUUACCACACCAAUUAGUCGAAAAGAUGACACAGAUCUUGCAAAAUCAGCUUUGGCUAUGGUGGAUUCAGACCACCUGAUCAUCUACGAUGCAUAUCUAGGAUGGAAGAAAGCACGACAGGAAGGAGGUUAUCAUUCUGAAAUCAUAUAUUGCCAGAGGAACUUUCAUAAUAGAACAUUACUGUCCACCCUAGAGGUUUCUUCUACCUUCUAUUUCAGUAAUUCAAGGCUAAAUUCUCAUACCCAGAUUAACUGUAUUUCAGGCCCAAAUGGACUUCCUCUGCAGAUGCUACCUGUAUAA